AUGACUGGUCCAGACGAGCCGUUGAUCGUCGAAGCCAAAGCGCCGGUCCAUCAUCCGUAUAUCGGCUUCGCGGCUGGACUAUGCUCUGGGUGGACCAAGCUAGUGGUGGGGCAUCCCUUCGAUACCGUCAAAGUAAUACAAUGUGCGCCUCCGGGGACGUUCGGUGGAGCUUGGCACUGCCUCAUAACGACAGUCAAGAAGGAGGGACCAAGAGCGCUGUAUAAGGGCGCCUCAGUACCGGCUGUAUCAUGGGGUAUCAGUGACUCCAUGCUCAUGGGGAGUCUCCACAACUACCGAGCCUAUCUACGGGAUAACGGCUUUGGAGAGCACGACCCUACUGGCGCAUCUCCAGACGGCAGAAGAUUGAGUAUAUUGGGACACACAGUAGCCGGUCUGUUUGCAGGAUGGACAAAUGCGGUCGUCGCCCACCCUACCGAAACGAUCAAAUGCAAGCUACAGUUGCAAAUAGCUCAAGCCGACAAUACGCCAAAGCAGUUCAAGGGACCUGUAGACGUCGUCCGGCAGACAGUCAAUGCGCAGGGAAUAGCGGGGAUGUGGAGGGGUUUAGGGGCGAGCUUUAUCUAUCGGAGUAGUUUCUUGGCGAUGUUCGGAGGAUUUGAGGUCUUUAAUCGGUUAUUCGCAUCUUGGGACGGAACGAGCUGGGCGAUGAGCCAAGGAGCGGCAAACUUCCUCGCCGGUGGAUUGGCGUCAAAUCUCUAUUGGGCAAUGGCACUGCCACUAGACAAUAUCAAGAAUCGGAUCAUGACAGACUCGGUCACGAAACCUCGAUAUCAUGGUGUAUUUGACGCGUACAGGCAGGUAUGGACGGAGAGUGGGAACCCAAGUAAAGGGGUCGUAUGGAAUGCUUUGGCGCGGACGAAGAACUUUUACAGGGGUGCGGUCCCGGUUGUACUGCGCGCGUUCCCGACGAACGCGGCUGCGCUGGCGGUGUAUGAAGCUGUGAUGCGGUAUUCGAAUAGCGUGUAG